AUGAACAAGGCUGCGCUGGACUGCCGCUCGCGGGCGGAGUGCGAAGAGCUGGGCCUGAAGAGAGAAGAGGAGAAGUAUGGCAUGACCUCUCCGGGUCAGGAAAAGACAUACAAGCUGACUCCUAGCAAAGCACGAUACAAGGACGUGAAGGCGGGUGAUGAGUCCGCAGGCGUUGCGAAGGUCGGUGAUGAUGUGAAGAUUAGGUACCGGGUGAUGCGCAGUGGGAAGCGCUCCUACGACGGGCUCAGCGGCGAGGCCACGACCCUCUUCUCGCUGGGCUACGGAGAGGAUGACGGCCCCAAGGAGGCCACGCUGAACGCCCCCAUCGGGCAGGGCCGCUUCGUGAAGGCCCUGGACGAGGCCCUCGUGGGCAUGGCCGUGGGCGGUGUCCGGCGGAUUCAGGUGCGGCCGGACUACGGUCUCGGUUGGAAGAAGGAGGGGAAGUGUGCCGAAGCGAUCGGCGCAGUCGGCAUGGUGGCUGGCCUGCCAGCGGCGGGCGCCGAGCGAGAAAGUGAUUGCAUCGACACUGCGCUGCUGCCACAGCCGAUUGACUGGGACGCCAAGCGACGCUUCGAGCGGCGCUUCGACGAGGCAUUGAUCGUCGAAGCGGAGCUGAUGGGGCUCGGCAAGUGA